GCCGUCUUUAAGUGCAUUUCAGUAUUAGCAGCAGAGCGGUAGUUUUAUUCUAGUUUUCUUUUAUUAUUGGGUUCUCCCUUUCUUAGAUGACAAAUGGACUGCGUGGAUUUCCCGAGAGUUAUUCCAAAUUCACCGAGGAAAGCUCGCGGACAAAUUCAGGUUAUCUUUGGACCGAUGUUUUCUGGCAAAAGCACUGAACUGAUGCGCCGAGUUCGCCGCUUCCAGCUCGCUCAGUACAACUGCCUGUUGGUGAAAUAUGCCAAAGACACGCGGUACUCUGAGUCGGGCGUGGCCACUCACGACAGAACCAUGAUGGACGCUGUCGCUGCCAGCUGUCUGACGGACGUGCGCCCCUUGGCCCUACACGCCUGUGUCAUCGGCAUCGAUGAAGGCCAGUUUUUUCCGGACACAGUGGAGUUUUGUGAGGAGAUGGCAAAUUUAGGGAAGACUGUUAUUGUUGCUGCGCUGGAUGGAACCUUCCAGAGAAAGGCAUUUGGAAACAUCCUGAACCUGGUUCCUUUGGCGGAGAGCGUGGUGAAGCUUCACGCCGUCUGCAUGCAGUGCUACAAAGAAGCUGCGUACACAAAGAGGCUGGGGGCCGAGAAGGAGGUGGAGGUGAUCGGCGGAGUGGACAAAUAUCAAGCUGUGUGUAGGAAGUGUUACGGAGGCCUGAUGCCUGAGAAGGAGAACAGCGCCCCCUUCAGAGAACAAACGCCUCACCAUGUCUUCACAGAGAAGCACCUGGACUCCGGCGUUCCCAGGAAGCUUUUCUCCUCACUUCACCUCUGAAAACUAAACACCAUCAAAGAAUUUUACAAAUCGCCAGUGAAUUAUGUGUGCGGAUGGUUUUUAAAUUGUUUUUGUAUGUAUGAAUUUGCUCAGGUUUGAUUCCAGAACCUGCACAGGGGCUGACCGGUGACACUUUAUCACAGUCCGACCCGGAAAAACUAAAUGUACUGCUCAGUGUGACGUCCGCCUCCCCGGCGGGCUCCAGGUUGCUCCUCAGUGACGUUCCUGUGACAGCUUCAUCUUCUUCUUCCUGUCAAACUCAAUGUGCUGUUUGAUUUGGGGUUUUGUUUGUUUGUUUGCGUAUUUGUUUUCACACUGACGAUGUUUUGUGGAAUAGAAACUUUGUGCAACGAACCUGAAGAAGAAUCAAAUUGUUGCUUUUUGAAAGACACAGUUGGAUUUAGUGUUUGUCUGUUUGAGGCUGAGACCUGUGCGGGCUGUAACAGAACACCUUCACAUGCUUCUGCAGACAAGAAUAGCUCCUUUAAAUCCAGACGGCUUCCAGCUCACCCCGUCAGCCACCAGCGACACCAAAAUAAAUCAAUCCUUCAUCAAAAG